UCCUCGGCAGUUGGUUCCACAGGAAGCUGCCGGGGUGGGGGGUGGGUGCUGAGGCUCCCCCACCCCUGCGCCCGGUGCCCUGCCCCGCCUCCUCAAGACACCCACACGGCCCCGGCGCCGGGCCGAGGGGGCGGGCUCCCCCCCUCUAAAGCCGGUCCUGCGGGGGGGCGCAGGCCCCUGCCUCCGCCGCAGCCUGGGGGUGCAGGCGCCAGCCAGGCGGGCACGCAGCUGAGGAAGAGGAAGCCGGGGCAGAGUUGGGUCAUCCUGCGGUUACCCCGGGCCCUGGCCCACAGAUGCUCCCCAGCCCUGGGCGGGUCAAAGCCCUGACCCUGGGUCGUGGGGGCUACAGGAGCCCGUAGCCGGGCUGGGAACCCACAGCAGCGAGGACAAGGCUCCGUCUGGCUCCGAGCCCAAGCCAUGUGUCCAGCCCUUUGACUCUGAAGCUGCGGACUCGGCCACUAAGAGCAGCAGGGGAGCCUGGAGGCCUGAGCACCCAGACUUCUCCGCCAUGGGGGAUGAGCAGGAGGCGGCUGCUCCGGGGCUGCUCGGCGAGAGCGCGGAGGACCUCAGCCUGGACCUGGGAGCCCUUCAGGGCAGCGAGUAUCUCCAGGACCUGGGCCUCGGGGUCCUUCCACUCAGCCAGCCUGGGGAGGCCAAGGCCAGUGGCCCCCCCAGCAAAGAAGCCAGAGGAGACUCGCCCUUGUCCAGCUCGGCAGGGUCCCACAGCCUGUCUCGGAGACGCAGCUGGGAGAGGCCGCGGAGCUGCUCAGAGAGCUGGCGGAGGCUCAGCCUUGAUGCCUCAGCUGUGAAUGAGGGGCCCUGUCUCCCCCGGACGCUGGCCAGCCUUGCGCUGAACCUGCCAGGAGGGGGCCUGCAGGCCUGGACCCAAGAAUGUCUGUCUGGGGGUGGAACCCCCACAGAGCAGCCAAGCAAGGAAUGUGACAGCCCCGAGAAAAGAGUGAGGUCACGGUCGGUUCCCUCGUCCUUUGAUGAGAUCAGCUCCCUGGAAAUCUUUCCGGCUUUGGAAGUGCCCACUCCAGCUGUUCAAGGCUUGGAUCCACCGGUGCUGGAAUGCAUGGAAAAGGACCACGUGGAGCCAGAUCAUGUGUUGAUUGUCCAGCAGGUCCUUCAAGAACUUCGACAGUACCAUGGGGCCCGGCAGAGGGCUCGCUUGUCAGUCAGCCCUGGAGGAGCCCAUUCGAACCUCACCUGGUUUGAGUUCCUGUCUGAGAGCGAGGACAGCACGAGCAAGAUAGAGAGGUGUGACAGGAGCGCCAGGGUGAAACGCAGACUGAGCUCCCUCCGCAGUCGAGUCACCAGACAGAAGGAGAAGGGGAAGAGCCCAGUACCUUUGAAGGACAAGGGUCAGGAUGCUCGAGAAAGGAAGGAGUGUGUCAACGGGCACCAGCUGGCUCGGGGAACCUUCUCUGGCCACUCCAGCUGCCCCCUGUGUGGCAAACCCUUUCUGAGCUCUGCAUCCCUGAAGGAGCACCCAAGGGCCACCCUCUUGUCCGAUGGCAGCCCGGGCCUGUCCAGGAAUGUCGGCAUGACGGUCUCGCAGAAGGGGAGCCCGCAGCCUGCACCCAGCCCGGCGGGUACGGGGCUGAGACUCGGACCGGUCACAGGAGAGAUGGAUGAGUCCGACUCUGUAUUUCUGAAACUUAAGCAGGCAGCCGACGACUCCCUAUCGCUCACGUCUUCGAAUGCUGAGGCUAUUUUUAUAGAAGACCCCUACACUGCCUCACUAAGGAGUGAGAUCGAAUCAGACGCCCAUGAGUUCGAAGCUGAGUCCUGGAGCCUUUCUGUGGACGCAGCGUAUGCAAAGAAACAGAAGCGCGAGGUGGUGAAGAGACAGGAUGUGCUUUAUGAGCUGAUGCAGACGGAGGCACACCACGUGCGGACACUCAAGAUCAUGCUGAAGGUCUACUCCAGGGCCCUGCGGGAGGAGCUGCAGUUCAGCCCCAAGGCCAUCGGCCGCCUCUUCCCGGGCGCAGAUGACCUGCUCGAGGUGCAUGGCCACUUCCUGUCUCGGCUGAAGGAGCGCCGCCAGGAGUCCCUGGAGUCGGGCAGCGACCGGAACUACAUCGUCCAGAAAAUCGGGGACCUGCUGGUACAGCAGUUUUCAGGUGAAAACGGGGAGAGAAUGAAAGAAAAAUACAGUGUCUUUUGUAGUGGCCACAACGAAGCUGUCAGUCAUUACAAGUUGUUGCUGCAGCAAAACAAGAAAUUUCAAAACUUGAUCAAGAAAAUCGGCAACUUCAGCAUCGUGAGGCGGCUCGGCGUGCAGGAGUGCAUUCUUCUGGUCACUCAGCGCAUAACCAAGUACCCCGUGCUGGUGGAGCGCAUUAUUCAGAACACGGAAGCUGGCUCCGAGGACUACAGAGACCUGACCCAGGCCCUGAACCUCAUCAAAGACAUCAUCUCACAAGUGGACGCUAAGGUCAGCGAGUGUGAGAAAGGCCAGCGCCUCAAGGAGAUCGCAGGGAAGAUGGACCUGAAGUCCUCCAGCAAACUCAAGAACGGGCUGACCUUCCGCAAGGAGGACAUGCUGCAGCGGCAGCUCCACCUGGAGGGCCCGCUGUGCUGGAAGAGCACGUCCGGGCGCUUGAAAGAUGUCCUUGCCGUCCUGCUGACUGACGUGCUCUUACUGCUACAAGAAAAGGAUCAAAAAUACGUCUUUGCUUCUGUGGACUCGAAGCGCCCCGUCGUCUCGCUGCAGAAGCUCAUCGUGAGGGAAGUGGCCAACGAGGAGAAAGCCAUGUUCCUGAUCAGCGUGUCCCAGCAAGGGCCCGAGAUGUAUGAGAUUCACACCGGCUCCAGGGAGGAGAGGAACACCUGGAUGGGCCACAUCCGAAGGGCUGUGGAGAGCUGUCCAGACGAGGAGGAGGGGCCCUUCAGCGAGGCCGAAGAGGAGCGGAAGAUGGUCGAGGCCCGCGCCAUGAGGCUGAGGGACUUCCAAGAGCGACUGAAUGCGAAAGACCAGCAGAUUGCCCAGAGCCUCGGCGAGAAGCAGCAGAUCUACCUGGAGAUGGCUGAGAUGAGCAGCCUGGAGGACCUCGCCCCGUCGCGGCUCCUCUUUCGGGGAGGGGACCCCCCUGAGAACCUGAAUGGAGAGAAGAUUCUCAAGUCAGCCAUGAGCCAGAUCGAGGACAUCCAGAGCCUGAUCUGCAGGCGGCUGGGCAGUGCCAACGGCCAGACAGAAGAGGUGGGCAGCUCCGCGGCCCCACCCUGGAGAGUUGAGACCUCUGGGGGCCAUGACAGCACGAGCAGCCUGGGCAGGGAUGGCAGUUUUAAGAAGAAGGUCUGCAGCAGCGACCCCGGCCCCCGAGACUGGCAGGGCCCCGUGCGCAGCCCGGACCCGAGGCUCAGCGACACCCCGGGGGCCCCCGAGGAGGCACCGCAGGCGGCGGAGGGACCUGGGACAGAGCCUGGCCCCCGGCUGCCUGCAGUCCUGGAGUCGGAGCUUGUCCAGCGGAUCCAGACGCUGUCCCAGCUGCUCCUCGACCUCCAGGCGGUCAUCGCCCAGCAGGACAGCUACGUGGAGAUGCAGAGGGCCGCCAUGCAGGAGCGCGAGAAGCAGUUCCGGCUGCAGUCCACGCGUGGGAACCUGCUGCUGGAGCAGGAGCGGCAGCGCAACUUCGAGAAGCAACGCGAGGAGCUGGCGGGCGUGCAGAAGCUGCAGGGCCAGCUGCGGCUGGAGCAGCAGCGCUGGGAGCGUGAGCGGGAGCGCCAGCGGCAGGAGCUGGACCUGGCCUCAGCCCGGCUGCAGCGGCGCGAGAGCGAGUCGCAGCAGCUGCAGGAGCGGCUGAGCCAGGAGCGCGACGAGCUGGAGCGGCAGCGCCAGGCCUACCAGCAUGACCUGGAGCGGCUGCGCGAGGCCCAGCGCGCCGUGGAGCGGGAGCGCGAGCGCCUGGAGCUGCUGCGGCGGCUCAAGAAGCAGAACACGGUGCCCGGGGCGCUGCCGCCCGAGGCGCUGCCAGAGGCCCUGCCCCCAAGCCACACCCCCAGCUUCAACGGGGAGGGGCUGGAAGGGCCCGCAGCCCCGACCAAAGCUCCAGGGCCCCGCGUUAGCACCCUGCUGUCAGGCGCCGGGCCCGAGUUCGCUGAGCGCCCCGAGGUGGCCCGCAGGGACAGCGCCCCAGCCGAGGGCCGGCCGGCCAAGAGCGACGUGCCCAUCCAGCUGCUCAGCGCCACCAACCAGAUCCAGAGGCAGGCGGCUGUGCAGCAGCAGAUCCCCACCAAGCUGGCCGCCUCCACCAAGGGCGGCAAGGACAAGGGCAGCAAGAGCCGGGGCUCCCAGCGCUGGGAGAGCUCAGCCUCGUUUGACCUGAAGCAGCCGCUGCUUCUCAACAAGCUCAUGGGCAGAGAGGAGAACACCUCUCGGAGCCGCCGCUCGCUGAGUCCCGUCCUGGCCUGUGCCACGCCCCCCCCAGACCCCUGCCUCCCAGCCCCAAGCCCGGCCCCUGCUGAGGUCCCCGCUGAGUACUCCCCCAAGGCCUGGGCGGCAUCCCUGCCACCCGUAGCCCUGCCCUCCACACCACUUGACAAGGAAGAAGCCAGCAAGGAGGACGUCAUCUUCUUCUAGGGGGCGUGGCCCGAGGUGCAGGCCCCUCCCUGUGCUGCCCUCCCACCGUGUUCUCUGGGACCCGCCCCACUGUCUCUCUCCCCUUCCCAAACAGGCCUCCAUCCACGACCACCUGGCCAGGGCGUGGCAGGGCUGGUCUGAGUCUCUCUCUGUAGGAUUAGCAGUGGUGCCUGGGCAACUUUGUAAACCUAUUUUUUUUAUACAAAAAGGAAAGUUUUUAAUCGAAGAUUGAACCAGAGCUAACCCAAGAGCUGUGAGUGCAGCACCCCGUUUGGGUAGGGGGGAGAUCAACUGCAGGCUGUCCUUCCACGGGAGUGACCGGCGGUGGUGGGUCCGCGAGGAGCACGGUGACAGGCCAGGCCCGUGGCCUGAGGAGGUGCUGGCUCCGGGCUAGGCUCCACAGCUACCAGAAGGCACUGCUGGCGCCAGAAGGGCCUAGUGGUAUCAGCUCUGUCCACAGAAUCAGGCAGAGCUGCUUCCAAAGCAGAGGUCUGCAUGUGUUCAUGGUGGGCCUCCAGGCCAGGACGGGAGCCCGGACAAGGGGUGGCACACAGCGCCCCCAGGACGGAGGGCCACAGGGCAGGGCAGCUGGAGAGGUUGGCGGCGGUGUGCUCGGCAGGCUCUGUAGGUGCACAAGGUCGUCCUGGAAGGGCCUGACCGUCACUCAUUUUUAUUUGGUGGAGGUUUUUAAGACCUGCUGUUGUCAAACUUGGUGCUUUCCAGAGGCACCGCACCAAGGCGGCAUGGUUCUGUGGGCGUCUUGGACACCAGGCACCCAGGAAGCCAAGACCAGAGCUUCAGCCAGGGCUGGCACACACCCAAGGGUCCCAGCCCAGGCGGAGGGGCCUGAGUCCCUGUGAGACAGGCCAGUUGUCCCAGGGCUGCCAGGGGGAGCCCCCAGGCUCAUAUCCCCAGCCAAGGGGCAGGUGCUGGGACCAUGCAGAGCAGUGGGGUGAAACGCUAGAGCGAUCACACGUGGCCUAGUCGGUGACUUUUGCCAGCGAGCGGACAGAUGGCCACCUGGCAGGCACCUCCACGUCUAGUGAGCUGUCACAGCUCAUGGUCAACUUCCCCUGGAGGAGGGCGAGGGCCACCAGUCCAGCCUCUCGGCCAUAGGUGUUGGAGAUGUUGUCACAUGUCCAGGAACAGUCCAGCGGUGGCAAGAGGUCAGAUUCCUGUUCCAGCUCUGGCCACACUCAAGCUUGGGUGCCGGGGGUGGGGGGUGUCCCAGCCUUCUCCUCUACCCCUGACUCCCCCAUGGAACCCAGAGUCUUCUGAAGCCACGGAACUUCCCAAAGCACUGGUGGAAGACUGGGUCCUCGGUGGAGCAGGAGCCUGGGCCCAGCAGGGGUGAGGCGACACGGCCAGCUGGUGACAAGGAACUGGCAGCAGGUCCGGACCUCUCCCGAGCCCGGUAACUGCCCUGGCGUCUUCAGCUCCUCUGAGAACCUCCCCAGCCUCACCCUUGCCUGCGGGCCCGCAGCACCAGCAAGGAGCCAGGAGCAGCGUCGUCCCCCACGACACGAGCGAGCUCCUCCGUGCCACACCGACAGUCAGUGUUUGUGUUUUGUACUGAGACGCAUUGGAGCACUUUAAAAAGUUGACUUUUAGUUCCCGUCCUAUUGUGAAGAGGACAUUCCUGGGCCAUGCGGCCCCACCCACGGGCUCCAUCUGACCCUCCGAGAGGAUUCCUUGGGCGAUAAGGAGUUCAAGGAGGUUUCUGACCAGUGCCAGCGGCUGGGCAGCACCGUGGGCACAUCCCUCCCCGAACCGCAAGGUCACUCCUGGGUCGAGCCCAGUGUUAUCUGUAAAGUUGGUGGUUGAGCAAAUGUUCUGAUUUCUGUGGGAUCUGUGCACGUCUUUGUUAAUUGUGACCACGAUCUUAGUCCACCAGACAAUUAUUUCUACAAUGAUCGCAGCGUUUCCUCACUGCAGGGUAUUUCAGAACCACUCUAGAACUUAAGACCUGAUUCUAGCAAUAAAAGUGUCUGAGAUGAGCUGA